GGGCCUGUGGAGGACUUCAGUGGGGUCGGGUCUGAGGCCUGGGGGUCAGGGCCUUCACCUCCCUUUCCCUCCCCAGAGCCACCUCCUCAGGCCACCUUCCCCUCUGUGGGCCUGGUUGUGGGCCUGGUCAUCCUUGGAGCUGUGCUCACUGGAGCUGUGGUCACUGGAGCUGUGAUGUGGAGGAGGAAGCGCUCAGGUGGGAAAAAAAGGAUCUAUGAUCAGGCUGCCACCUGAGGCACUUGUCGGGGACUGAGUGAUGGGAGAUUUGUUCACGCUCCCACUUUGUGAUUCAAGAACCUCUGAUUUCUUUCUGCAAAC